AUGGGCGCGAACGCGAGCGCGAACGAGGGGGAGACGCGCGAGGAACCGAGGGAUGAUGGCGUGACGUCCGAGCGAAUCAUCGAGGCGGCGGCGACGACGACGACGACGACGAGCGCGGACGACGUCGCGACGGUGACGACGUCGAUGGCGAACGUGCGCGUGGAACCCGCGGUGGAGACCGCCGAGGUGGAGGACGGGACGCGAGAUCCGUCGACGGAGACGUUUAGCGUGACGACGGCGAUCAACUACGCGAACGGGGCGCCGCACAUGGGACACGCGUACGAGAGCGUGUCCACGGACGUCUUGGCGCGGUAUCACCGGGCGUACGGACGGAAGGUUUUGUUUCAAACCGGCUCGGACGAACACGGGCAGAAGAUCGCGGAGGCGGCGGAGGUCGCGGGCGUCGCGCCGUUGGCGUUUGUCGACGGACACGUGGAGGAGUUCCGAAAGCUGAACGAGCGCCUGUCGGUGUCGAACGACGUGUACAAUCGAACGACGAGCGAGGCGCACAAAAAGGCGUGCGCUGAGUUGUUCAGACGGUCGAGGGAUAACGGAGACAUCUACUUGGACACGUACGAGGGGUGGUACAACGUGAGGGAGGAGACCUUUGUGACGGAGAGCGAGGCCCAGGCGAGCGGGUACAAGGACCCAGUGAGCGGUAAGGAUCUGAAGAAAAUGAAGGAGGAGAGUUACUUCUUUAAGCAGAGCCGAUACCAGGCGCAGUUGAUUGCUCACAUCGAAUCUCAUCCUGAGUUCAUUCAGCCGUCGUCGCGAAGGAACGAAAUUUUGGCGCGCUUACAAAAUGACGAGCUUCGAGAUCUCUCCGUGUCGCGAACGACGUUCGACUGGGGGAUCCCCGUGCCGGAUGCCCCAAAACACGUCAUGUAUGUGUGGUUCGAUGCCCUUACGAACUAUCUCACCGGUACCGGUUGGCCAGAGGAGACAGACAAGAAGGACUUCUGGCCGGCGAGCGUGCACAUCAUCGGCAAGGACAUCAUCUGGUUCCACUGCGUUAUUUGGCCGUGCAUGCUCUGGAGUGCGGGUCUGCAGCUUCCGAAGACCGUCUUCGGUCACGGAUUCGUCACCGCCGAGGACGGUCAAAAGAUGAGCAAGUCCAUCGGAAACGUCGUGGAUCCGAAUGUCGUGUUGGAGAAGUUCUCCAGCGAUACGUUCAGGUAUUACCUGAUGCGCUGCGGUGUAUACGGAUCUGAUAUCCCGUUCAGUGAAGCCGCGAUGGUUUCUAUUCACAACGCCGAUCUCGCCGACGUGAUCGGCAACCUUGUCCACCGGGUGACGAACCUUUGCAACAAGAGCUGUGGCGGCGUCGUUCCGGAUUGCGCCACCGAAGACAUUUUCGACGUCCUCGCAGUGCGCGCUAGAUCUGAGGCCGCGAUGGCAAAAUUCAACAUUCAAGCCGCGUGUGAGGCUGCGAUUGAAGCGGUGAAGGCCACCAACAAGUACCUCACCGAUGCAGCGCCGUGGGCCGUGAAGGGUGAGGGAGCCGAGGAGCGCAAGGCGGUCAUCAUUAGAUCAACCAUUGAGGCGGUGUACGUCUCGAUGCACUUUCUGCAGCCGUACAUUCCCACGGCGUGUGAGGCGGUUUUCAACAAGCUGGGCACGGCCCCGAAGAAGAUUUGGGAGCUCAAGCCUUUCGGUGAGAACGUUGCCACCGGAGCUAAGGUUACCCACGGCGAUAUUCUCUUUGCUAAAUUUGAAGCCGAAAAGAAGGAAAUCGCAAAGAAGGAAGAGCCUGCGCCGAAGCCCAAGCCAGUGCCCGCGGACGCUCCCGUGGACGUCUCUCGACUCGAGCUCGUCGUCGGUACCGUAAAAAGCGUGAAGCGUCACCCAGACGCGGAUUCGCUUUACGUCGAAGAGAUCGACCUCGGCGACGAAGCGCCGAGACAGGUGGUGAGCGGUUUGGUCAAACACAUCUCUGAGGAAGACUUCACCGGCCUGCGCGUCCUGUGCGUGGCGAACAUGAAGCCGUCGAAAAUGCGGGGCGUUGAAUCGACUGCCAUGGUGCUCUGCGGAACCAACGCCGAGGGCAAGACCGAGCCCGUGUCCCCACCCGAGGGCGCCGCGAACGGCACUCGCGUGAAAUGUGAAGGCUUCAAUGGAGAACCCGACCCGGUGCUUAACCCGAAGAAGAAAGUUUUCGAAGCCGUCAGCGCGGAUUUUUCCAUCAACGGCGAUGGCGUUCCAACCUACAAGGGCGUCCCUUUCACCGCCGCUGAGGGCCCGUGCACGCUCCCGACUAUCCGAGACGGCGUCGUCAAGUGA